GGAUGGGAAGUUAAGGGCUCGCCAAGACUUGGUACAUUGAAGAGAGCAGAGACCACUCAUCUCAUGUUCGCACUCAAACAACUGCUUUAGUACUUGAUGGCAACAACCACCAGGUAGAAAGAUCAGAGUUUCACACACGAAAAUGUUGGUAUUACACAUCGCAUCACUUCUAACCCUCGGGUGGGGAGCCCUAGUGCAGCAGCCGGAGUUUGGGGAUGUGUGCACAGAGGGCAGCUGCUAUCCCAACACCGGGGAUCUUCUAAUCGGCCGCGCGCACCUGCUCAGCGCCUCCUCCACCUGCGGCCUUAAGAAACCGGAGCGCUUUUGCAUAGUCAGUCACCUGCAGGACGAGAAGAAGUGCUUUGUGUGUGACUCCAGGGAGAUGUAUGAUGAGAGGAUGAACCACACCUCCAGCCACACCAUUGAGAACUUGGUCACCACCUUUGCACCCAAUCGCCUCGACACCUGGUGGCAGUCGGAGAAUGGUGUGGAGAAUGUGACCAUUCAACUGAACCUGGAGGCCGAGUUCCACUUCACACAUCUCAUCAUGACCUUCAAGACGUUUCGUCCCGCCGCAAUGGUAAUUGAGCGCUCCAUGGAUUUUGGGAAGACGUGGCGGGUGUACCGUUACUAUAGCUACAACUGUGAGACCUCCUUCCCUGGGAUCUCUGUGGGGCCCCUAGUCCAGGUGGAUGACGUCAUCUGUGACUUCCGCUACUCAGACAUCGAGCCGUCAUCAGAGGGUGAGGUGAUAUUUAGAGUGUUGGACCCAGCCUUUGAGAUUGAAGACCCAUACAGUAGCCGGAUACAGAACAUGCUGAAGAUCACUAACCUGCGUGUCCAGUUCACUAAGCUUCACACGCUGGGUGACAACUUGCUGGACUCCCGGGACGAAGUCGCAGAGAAGUACUACUACGCCUUAUAUGACAUGGUUGUCCGUGGCAACUGCUUUUGCUAUGGACACGCCUCCAAGUGCAGCCCGGUUGAUGGGAGACAUGUAGGCACUGAGGGCAUGGUCCACGGUCACUGCAUGUGCAACCACAACACGGAGGGUCUGAACUGUGAGCGCUGCCAGGAGUUCUACAACGACCUGCCUUGGAGGCCUGCCGAGGGACGCAACACCCACGCCUGCAAGAGGUGCGAGUGUAACCGUCACUCCGGAUCGUGUCACUUUGACAUGGCUGUGUAUCUGUCCACUGGGAACGUGAGCGGAGGAGUGUGUGACCAGUGUCAACACAACACUAUGGGCCGUCAGUGUGAGCAGUGCAGGCCGUUCUACUACCAGCACCCCGAAAGACACCUGAGGGACCCCGACAUCUGUCAACCGUGUAGCUGUGACCCGGCUGGCUCUCUGCAAGGCGGCGUGUGUGACGGCAGGACGGACGUGUCCGCCGGUCUGAUAUCGGGACAGUGUCGCUGCAAAGCCAGCGUGGAGGGGGAGCGCUGUGACCAGUGUCGUCAGGGACACUACGGCUUGGGACAGGGGCCUCACGGCUGUCUGGAGUGUACCUGUAACACCCUGGGCACGCUGCCAGGAGGAAACCCGUGUGACACACACGAUGGACACUGCUUCUGCAAACGCCUCGUCACCGGCCGGGACUGCGACCAGUGCCUGCCACAACACUGGGGGCUGAGCAACGACAUGGACGGCUGCAGACCGUGUGACUGCGACCAGGGCGGGGCCAUCAACAAUGACUGUUCCCCCAUAUCAGGCCAGUGUCUGUGUAGGGAACACAUGCAUGGGAGACGCUGUGACCAGUUGGAGUCGGGAUUUUACUUCAUCGCCCUGGACCACUAUACUUAUGAGGCUGAGGAUGCCAAGCACGGCCCUGGGGUGACGGUGGUUCCCAGGCCUUAUCCUCAGGGCAGUAGUCCUACCUGGACGGGGGCUGGGUUUGCCAAUGUACCAGAAGGCGCCUUCCUGGAGUUUCACAUCAACAACAUACCUGAAUCCAUGGACUAUGACAUGCUUAUCCGCUACGAACCACAGCUGCCAGAUCGGUGGGAGCGAGUGGAGGUGAACGUGAUACGGCCUUACACCAGGAGACCGGGCCAGCCGGUCAGUCAGUGUGAAAACACACUGCCAGGCGGAGACCACCAGCUCGUGUCUCUCCCUCCAGAGUCCAGACAUGUGGUGUUCCCGAGGCCUGUGUGUCUAGACAAGGGUUUGAACUACACCGUGCGUCUCAGUCUGCCCCUCUACUCCUCCCUCAGUGAUGUUCAUAGCCCCUACACCCUCAUAGACUCAUUGGUGCUGAUGCCACGGGUGCGUGAGCUGGAGUUAUUCGAGGGCUCCCAUGGCGAGGGGGCGUGGGACACUUUUCAACGGUACCGCUGCCUGGAGAGCAGCCAGAGCGUCAUCAAGAGCCCUGUGGCGGAUAUCUGUAACGAAUACAUCUUCAGUGUGUCUGCCCUGCUGCACCAGGGGGCCAUGGCCUGUCAGUGUGACCUCCAGGGCUCCCUCAGUACCGUGUGCAACCCUAGAGGUGGGCAGUGCCAAUGCCGGGCGAACGUAGUGGGCAGGAACUGUGACCGCUGUGCCCCUGCCACCUUCCUGUUCAGCCCGUCCGGAUGCAGACCCUGUGAAUGCAGUCCCACAGGCUCAGUCAGCCCAUUCUGCCACGAGCGGACCGGUCAGUGUGAGUGCAUGCCGGGGGCGUCGGGGCGCCAGUGUCUCCACUGCCUGCCGGGUUACUGGGGUUUCCCUCAGUGCCGGCCCUGCCAGUGCAACGGCCACAGUGACUUCUGCCACCCUCAGACCGGGGAGUGCCAGGGCUGCCGCGACAACACCCAAGGGCACAUGUGUGAAAGGUGUUUGGACAAUUACCAUGGCGAUCCGGUGUUGGGUUCGGGUGGUCAGUGCCGGCCCUGCAUGUGUCCCGACGGGCCGGGGAGCGGACGACAGUUCUCAGACGGCUGCUACCAGACUGCCAACAACUACCAGCUGGUCUGUGUCUGUAGCCCCGGAUAUAGAGGGGCCCGGUGUAAUGAGUGUGCCCCCGGCUACUACGGUAAUCCCCAUGUAACCGGCGGUAGCUGCAUGCCCUGCCGGUGCAACGGCAACAUUAACCUGCAGGACCCGGGCUCCUGCGACCCGCGCACGGGCGCCUGCCUCCUGUGCCUCCACCACACCGAGGGCCACGGCUGCCAGCGCUGCAUGCUGGGAUACUACGGCGUGGCCGCCGCGCAGAACUGCCAGAAGUGCAUGUGCUACGCUCCGGGCACUACGCCGGAGGCGUGUCCUUCCCCAGGGUCGUGUCACUGCGACCUGCAGACCGGCCAUUGUCCGUGCCAGCCUAAUGUGAUUGGCCAGAAGUGCGACCGCUGCGCCCCCGACACGUUCAACAUCGCCAGCGGCCGGGGAUGCGCUAAGUGUGCCUGUGACCCCGUCCACUCGUUCGGGACGUCCUGCAAUGAGCUGACGGGGCAGUGCUCGUGCCGGUCAGGUUUCGGGGGACGAAAAUGCAACGAGUGCCGCGAGAUGUUCUGGGGAGAUCCUGAGGUCAAAUGUCAAGCAUGUGACUGUGACCUGCGUGGUAUCGCCAGCGAGCAGUGCCACCGUUCGACAGGUCAGUGCGUGUGUGUGGAAGGAGUGUCGGGUCCCAGGUGUGACCAGUGUGCCAGGGGCUACCAGGGCGAGUUCCCCGCAUGCGAACGAUGCCAUCAGUGCUUCAACGAGUGGGACCGCGUGUUGUCGGAACUGACCAAUCAGACGCAGCGUAUGAUGGGUCAUGUGACGGAGUUCCAGAGCGUUGGGGUGACGGCACCGUACAAAGACACAGUUAGCACUCUGGAGGACAGCGCUAAUGCUCUCCGGGCCAUAAUAGAGAACAACCUCGCUAUACAGAUGAUGGAAGAUGUACAGCAAAUGAUGCAGCAGGCUUCUGAGCGGAUGGCCAAACUGAACGAGAGGCUGACCGUCUCAGAGUCUUCACUGUCCCGCCUGACUGUCAACGCCAACGACACUGAGGCAGGUCUAAACACACUGAGAGAGGAGGCCCAGGACCUGGAGAAAACCGUCCGAGACAUGACAGUUCAUAUCCAGACUGUGAAGAAUUCUAACACCGAGGGAGCGUUGGAUACCAUUGCUGAGGCCCACCUGAAGUCUAAGAGGGCAGAGAUCCGUGCCAAUCAGUCCACCAGCUACCCUGACAACACACUGGAGCAGUCGGCUACACAACGGCGUGCAGCGGAGGACAAACUGAGCCAGAACCAGUUGGAGUUUGACCUGAAACAACAGAAGCACGAGAAAAAGCUGCAGAGGCUCGCCUCAGAACUCGCCUCGGUCGACGUGUCAGAACUCAGCGAGAAGACGUGUGGGACUGUCGGUGGGGAGAAGGGGUGUGCUGUUUCCCCCUGCGGGGGUUUGGGGUGUGUGUCGGAGGACGGCGCCCGUCACUGCGGUGGUGAGGGGUGUGAUGGGGUGGCGACGAAGGCACAGAGUGCUCUGAGAACAGCCAAGGAGUUGGACCGGGAAAUCUACUCUGCCAUGCAAGAAGUGGACAAGCUCUCUAGUAUGGUGUGGGAGGCAAAGGUGCAAGCGGACGAAGCCAAGCUGGGUGCUCAGGAGGUCCUGCUGAAAUCCAACCGAAGCUGGGAGAGAGUGGAGCGGAGCAACGAUCAGCUCCGCAGCCUUAUCAAAGAGAUACGAGAACUACUCACCAAUGACCGUACCAACGUGGACUUAAUCGAGGCGGUGUCCAACGAGGUGCUGACCCUGAAGAUGCCCACGUCCAGCGAGCAGCUGGAGGAUCUGACCCAGGAGAUCAGAGAGCGGGUGGCCGGCCUCUCUAGUGUGGAGGACAUCCUCAGUCAGAGUGCCAGCCAAGUUCACACGGCCAAGACACUGCUGGAGCAGGCCCAAAGCGCCCGUCAGGAGGCUUCUGAUUUGAAGGAGACAGCGGCCCUGGUCAAGGACGUUCUGGAGGACACGGAGAGUGUGCAGAACAACGCAAGUGUGGCCAUCGAACAGGCCCAAAACAACACCAGGAGAGCUCUUGACAAAAUUUUCUCUGUGGAGACAGAGACGGCUAAGUCCGAGCUUAAUCUGAGUAUUGCCGAAGGGCGUCUGUUGCAGCUGGAAGGAGACGUGACUCUACUGAGAGAAAAGAGUCUGGACACCACCCAACACACACUGCUCAGUGAGACGGUGUCUGAGAACGCCAGGAAGGACGCGGAGCAGGCCCAGACGGAGUUUGACGAGGAGGUGAAGGAUUUGUACGGUGUCGUGGAAGGUUUGGUGGUGACGAAGGCCGGAGCCGUUUCCACCGCCAGGGAGAAGGCGGAGCAACUGCAGCAAGAGGCCAAGGAGCUGCUGUCCCAGACUGGCGACAAACUGAAAAGACUCAGAGAGUUGGAGAGGUCAUAUGAGGCCUACCAGCGAACUCUGGAAGCCAAGGCAGAGCAUCUGGCUGGGCUGGAACAAACUGUACGCCAGUUGCUCGAUGACAUCAGCAAGAAAGUCACCAUCUACAGCACCUGUCUUUAGGGUAACCCUGCUAGCAGCAUCCCUGGCAAUGCCGACAUUGACCUCAUACCUGAGAUUUUGACCAUACCUUGUUUACUGUCAAAGAGAUCAUAUUAUGUCAACCACUCAGGAGACUCCAAAAACCAAAAUCUGUAUCUUACCACGAAGAACUAACUAUUGAAUUAUUUUUAAAAAAAAACUGUAUCUUUAAGAAAUAUUUUCUAAGCAAUAUGAGCUAUUAUUACAAGUAAUAUUUUUUUAACCACAAGACAGCACAAGAUUUUAGAUCCAGUGGAAAUAUUUUAUAUAGUCUUGCCUGAAACAAUACUAAAACACUGUAUGUUUGGACCAAAGAGAGCCAAUUUCACUGUAUGAAACUUGUUAAUAAAAAGUAACUGU